AUGGACGCUCAGAGUCUCUUUGACGUCAAGGGCAAGGUGGUGCUUGUCACCGGUGGUGCGAAGGGCAUAGGUCGCAUGAUCUCUGAGGGAUUUGUGAGCAACGGCGCUACUGUUUACAUCUCGUCUCGUGAUGCGAAGUCUUGCGACGAAGCGGUAAAGGAGCUCAAUGCGCUCGGAAAGGGCAAAGCGCACGCCAUCCCGGCAAAUUUUUACAAGGAGGAGGAAUGCCAGAGAUUGGCGGAGGAGCUCAAGAAGCGAGAGAGCAAGCUCCACGUCCUUGUCAACAAUUCCGGCUCAAACUGGGGUGCCCCAUACGAUGAAUACCCAUCUUCUGCCUGGUCUAGGGUCCUUACAUUGAACCUUCACCGUGUUUUCGACAUUACAAAACUCGUUACGCCGUUAUUGGAGAAGGCCGCUACUCCUGGCGACCCCGCCCGGAUCAUUAACAUCGGAAGCGUGGAUGGAUUGAGAGUUCCGGCACUUGAGACCUUCGCAUACAGUGCUAGCAAGGCUGGCCUGCACCACCUGAGUCGGGUGCUGGCCAAUCACCUUGGCAAAAGAAACAUAACAUCCAACUCGCUGGCCUGCGGUCCAUUUCAAAGCAAGAUGAUGGCUGCUACACUGGAGGCUUACAGAGAGACUAUCGAAGCGGGUAUCCCAUUGGGCCGGAUUGGCACUCCCCAAGAUGUUGCUGGAUCGUGUCUGUUCCUGAGCAGCCGUGCCGGCGCGUUUGUGAACGGCGCGACCAUCGCAUUGGAUGGUGGAACUCUUGUUGGUUCUAAGCUGUAA